CACUCGAGAAAAUCGGCUCGUGUCUCUCAUCGCUCAGAAGAGACCGCCGCGAUAAUGUGAAAAAGUGAUAAAUACCCGUAUAGAUUCUCAGCUCUUCCGUUAUACAACGGUAUUUAACAGCGCCUUUCAUAUCAUUAAAGUUGUGGCAGUUGUGGCACUAUCGUGACAACUCGACUACGUUGUUCCUUCUUCAUUCUUUGUGUCGAAUAUUGUUCUACAAAAUUUAAAGAGAUUCUAAUCAAUUAUUUUGAUAGAUCGAUACUGAUGCAAUCGUUUCGGAAAACUCGAUUUUACGUUACACCGCUUUCUCUAAAGUUGCGCUACGUUGCACGUGGUACACGUGUACAGAAUAUUACUUAGUGCACAGUAGUGCACUGCAUGUCAGCGUUCACGAUCAACAUACGGUGUUGUUCAACCUCUCUCGCCGAUCAUCAUUUAUAAUAAAUCUCGUAUUAAGAUGCCAUGCAGAUUGGGAAACACAACGUAAUAAUUCAAUCGUGAAAAAAAUCGAAACAAUGCAAUAGUGCGAGUGGCUGAAACGAGAACGUGCUAUCGACAUGUUAAAUACAAAAAAGAGAUAAGAACGACAAAGAAGAAAUUGCCUAACUGAAAAGCCUAACCGAAUCGUAACGUGUGGAAUCAAUAACAAUACAAGAUGUCAAUCAUUUGGCUUGUAAAUUGCUGCAUUACCGUGUUACUGAUAAUCGCAAACGAGAGCUUCGCAAAUCCCACUUUACGAAAGGAUGAAGAAUUCACUGUUCGAAUCGUUCACACGAAUGACAUGCACGCGAGAUUCGAAGAGACGUCGCAAUUAUCGACAACGUGUACGCCAGCGGACUCCAAAGCUGGGAAAUGUUACGGAGGUUUUGCCAGAAUCGCCACUUUAGUCCGUCAAGCGAAAUCGGAGUCGCCUUCGACGAUCUUCCUAAAUGCUGGCGAUACUUAUCAAGGAACUGCAUGGUACAACGUGUACAAGUGGAAGGCGGUUACUUGGUUCAUGAACCUUUUGGCGCCAGACGCUAUAAGUUUGGGCAACCACGAGUUCGAUGACGGUGUCGAAGGUUUGAUACCUUUUAUACAAAAUGCCUCAUAUCCCAUCUUGACGACAAAUCUGGAUCUUAGCGAGCAGCCGGACCUGGCCGCCACGAAUCUAAAGAAUAGCACAAUUCUCGAAGUGAGCGGCAAAAAGAUCGGCGUAAUCGGUUAUCUGACGCCGGAAACGAAAAUCUUGUCGACUACCGAAAAAGUAAUUUUCAAAGAUGAGGUGGAGUCUAUCAGGGAAGAAGUUAAGAAGUUAAAGGAGAAGGGUGUCGACAUUCUCAUCGCUCUGGGUCACUCGGGCUUCGAGGUCGAUAAGAAGAUAGCACGGGAGGUCGAGGACAUCGAUCUGGUGAUCGGGGGUCAUACGAAUACCUUUCUAUAUCGCGGUCUACCGCCGGACGUUGAGGUACCAGAGGGAUUUUAUCCUACGGAAGUAGUGCAGAAGAGCGGCAGAAAAGUUUAUGUCGUACAGGCAUACGCAUAUACUAAAUACCUGGGUAAUUUCUCCGUGAGUUUCGAUAUUAAAGGAGAGGUAACGCAUAUAGAAGGAAACCCGAUUCUUGUGGACACCAACGUGGAGGAGGCGGAAGAUGUUCUAAAAAUGAUAAACGAGAAAAGAGGACCCAUCGACCAAUUACAACAACAAGUUAUCGGAAAAACGCGAGUGCUCCUGGACGGAGACAGCAAAAACUGUAGACGACGAGAAUGCAACAUGGGCAACUUGAUCUGCGAUGCUUUACUCGAUUAUUACGCCGGGGAAUAUCUAAACAAGGAUGGAUGGACGGACGCUGCCAUCGCGGUGCAGAAUAGCGGCAGCAUCAGGUCGUCCAUCACCAGAGCCAGAGACGACCAGGUCACUCGAGGAGACAUUCUAAGUGUUUUGCCCUUCGGAAACGUCAUCGUCAAAGCUUCCAUGACAGGCCAACAGCUUCUCUCGAUGCUGGAGUGGAGCGUUCAUAAUAUCGACAACUUAACUUCUACCGGGAAUUUAUUCGGCGCUUAUCUACAAUAUUCGGGAUUGCAGGUGGUCUAUGACGUGAGUCAACCACCGAACUCAAGGGUAGUUUCGGUUCAAGUUCAAUGCGCAGCUUGCCGAGUACCGGCAUACAGUCAACUCCAGAAGAAUGUUACCUACAAUGUCCUCGUGAAUAAUUUCCUCGCAAAAGGCGGAGAUGGUUUUCACAUGCUGGAAGGUCUUAAAACAACUCCCCUCAGUGUCACUACAUCAGAGGUAUUAGAACAGUAUUUUAAAAAACAUAGUCCGGUGCACCCAGGCGUAGAAUGGCGAAUCUUGUACAAAGAUAGCGGAAACAAUGAAAAUUUUAGUAAUCUUGGGACAACGCAUCAAUCCGUUGGAAUGACAAUUCUGCUAUCAAUCAUUACUUGGUUGUCAUUGACAUAAUGAGAACACUAUCUACUUAAAGACUUAAAAUACUUAAAUGAUUCUAAAUAAUAAGCGAAUUAUGCAUAUUGAAUUCUUUGACAGCUGUAUAUUUUACCAUUUUACACUACCUCAAUAUUAUCUACAAUUUACACAGUUUUUAUAUCCUUCUUCAUUAGUGCGCGUGUAACAGUGAGUGAAAACGUAUAAAAAAAAGAUAUAUAGGACAACAGGAAAAAUGGCUGAUACGAAUUUAACACACAGUAUUGUUCACCAUAAUUUUAAUCUUUUAAAAAUAUUAAACAUAUCAAAAAGUUACACUUAAUAAAUAUAACAUUAUGUAUGUAAA